CAUGGCUAACCAUAAAAGAGCAGUUAAUAGAUCAGAAGUUCGAUGAAAAUAUUAAUGCAGAAAUCCGGAAAUAUCUUUCUUUGAUGAAGUAUACUCCUACGGAAAUCGAUUUUAUUCUCGAUAGAGGAGAACAGGAAAAAAUAACAGAAAAAAUCCCAAGGCGACAUUCAAGAAUGGAAGAUUGGUGUUUAGCGCAUUCCACGUCACCUAUUAUCGAAGGAUGUAGCAAGAUUCCGCCUGAUUAUGCUCUAGAAGUAUUAACAAACAGGUUGGAUGGGUAUGAUACAGAUGUAGAGAAGCCAACAUUGCAUGCUAUUGCGGAUAUAAUGAUUAUGCUUUGUAUGGAUGAAAAAGAGUUAUAUAAUCUUAAAAUACCAGAAUGGGAACGAGCUCAAGAAUUAUUGGAAUGGAUACAGAAAUCCUUACAAAAUAACGAUAUUAAUAAAGAAGAUCUAUCUGACCACUUAUCGCGACAAAAUACAAGCAUAAGGAAUUUACGAAUAAUAGGGGCAGAACUUGCCAUUUUAGCAAACAAUUAUAGUUAUCAAAUUUUUACAGAUAAUUAUGUUAAAAAACGUUUGAUGGCACAGAAAGAUGCCUCAUAUAAACAGGAGGCAGAGGAUCUGGACUCUAAAUACUAUGAUAUUGAUUACGAGUUCAACGAUAGAGCGAAAAAUGCAUAUCAAAUGGCUUUAAUGAUUCUAGCAUUAAGGCAUCAACCACCUUGGAUCGCAUAG